AUGGUAGGUGAAGAAGGUCAGGGGGCAGUGGAUGUGAUAGGUUCAAGGAAGGUAGGUGUAGAAUGUCCAGGGGCAGUAGAUGUAGAAGGUUCAGGGAUGGGGGGUGUAGAAGGUCAGGGGGUAGUGAAUAUAGAAGGUUUGGGGAUGGUAGAUGUGGGAGGUCAUGGUGUUGGAGAUGUGGAAGGUUCAGCAAUGGUAGGUGUAGAAGGUCUGGGGAGUGUAGGUGUAGAAGGUGUGCGGGCAGUGAAUGUAGAAGGUUCGGUGUUGGUAGGUGUAGAAGGUCUGGGGGCAGUAGAUGUAGAAGGUUCGGAGAUGGUAGGUGUAGAAGGUCCAGGGACAGUAGAUGAGGAAGGUUCAGGGACGGUAAGUGUAGAAGUUCAGGGGGUAGUAGAUAAAGAAGGUAUGGGGAUGGUGGGUGUUGGAGGUCUGGGUGUAGUAGAUGUGGAAGUUUCAGGGAUGGUAGGUGUAGAAGGUCUAGGGAGGGUGGGUGUGGAUGGUCCAGGGGCAGUAGAUAUAAGAGGUUCAGGGAUGGUAGGUAUUGAAGGUCUGUGGGGAGUAGAUGUAGAAGGUUAG